CGGCGACAUCAAAGGAAACUGAGCUCAUCCACUUUGCCUGUUACAGAGAGACAGACAGACACAGAGAAUAGGAUUGAUAUCUUAGGCAGCUGUCUAGUUGAGCGAUUGCUGUGCUUUGACGACUUUCGUAGCUUGCCUUUUGCUUUUCCACCUAAAUUUUUAAAACAAAAGUCAUGUUUAUUUCAAAGCUUUUAAGAGAACCUUCUAUUUAAAAUGUCAACAAUAAAAAUCUGCUAAAACAACUUUAUUUACUAUUUACUCAACGUUUUUUUGGUCAAUCUUUUUUAACAUUUCUUAUUAUCUAUGUUCUUAUUUCUAUGUUCUUGUAACAAAAUUCGCCAUCCGAUAUACAUAUCGUCGCAUAUAUUAUGACGUAUAAAUAAAUUAUCUAUAUCGGUAUGUGAACCAAUCGCAUUACAGAACUCGCCAGCCUGUACUAGGGGUUUCUUCGUCGCCUGCCUCGAUCUCAAAAAGGCAAGAGCGUCUAGGGACGAGGUUGGCUAUAAAAUGAUCCCAAAAAAUCUUCGUUUCGUAGCCAAAGUCGUAGCCAAAGCUCUUCAGUUAUUUUAAUCACUUAAUUAUUUUGACUUAUUUUUUAAAUUAGAUUAAGUAAUAAUUAAUUAUUAAUAAUUUAUUAAUUACUUUCGAUCAACAAUGACGCUUUCGACUAAAUCACCCCCUGGUGCCUAAAAAAGUUGCGGAAAGAUCACAGGAAUAUCGGUAACUCUUUCAAACACACAGACGACGACGGCUUUUAUUAUAGAGAUUAACAUAUAGAUUGUUUUCUUGCACAAUAAAAUUCAAAGCUUUUUAUAACAACUGACAUGCAGCAGAGUUUAAAAGAACAACAUAAAUAAGCUUUCAACUGAUUGUACCAUUAAUGAUUAUAACAGACACAGAACACUUCAAUCAUGUCUACGUUCAUUCUGUUUUAUUAAGAAAUAUCAGACUAAGUAAAUUACCUGUUUACAGCAAAUGCUUCAUUCCUUUCUCAACGAAAAGAGUUAGCACGAAAAAAAUUGUAUUCGUAAUGUUAACGAAAAUGAUUUUCCGGAGACCUUCUUUGCAAAAAGAAUUCCAGCACAUCUCUGGUAUAAGACGAUGCACACACGACAUGAUGUACGACCAACACAAGUCCUGGAAAGAUGUUAGGCGAAACCAGACACCAAUCACUUAUGCAUCUUAUCAACUGAAGCUGCUGGAAAAUCAAAAAGAAAUUUUGCAGGCACAGAAAAUGGUGUCAAUGAUGUUUUAUGAACUUAAUACAACAUGGGAGGAAAGUAAUAAUCCGUCAGGACUUGAAAGAAAAUAUGACACAGAUGGUCAAAGAUACAUAAUAGAUGCUAUGGAGAAAAGCUGCAUUUGGGGUGGUGCCUUUAAGAACAAUGAGCUAGUGUCUUGCUUGCGGUUAUCGUAUAAAAGAGGAAACGCCAGAUUAGAUAUUGAAAAGCAUCCAAUAAAGGAGAAAAUAAGAGAAUUAGUAUCGAAAACAAAUGUUGGCGAAUUACAAAGAGGGUUUACGCUGCCUUCACACAGAGGUAAAGGUUUAAAUAAACGGCUUUUUGGAUUAUUUGCAAGGUACUCAAUAGAAGUCAGAGUAGAAAUAGUCACCGCUUUUAUUGAUCCUUAUUUUAAACGCAACAACAUUGGUUUGAUUGUCGACGACGAAUUUUACUAUCGUGACGGGGAGAGAUUAUCUUUUCAACAUUUUCCGCAAAAUGAAUUCGAGAAAGUUGUAGCUUAUGUAAAAAAUAUGACUGAAUCUCCCCCGUAGCGUUUCUUGUGAUGUUAUUCUAUUGGACACGUCCUGCAGCUAAGCUGGCGGGUCCUUAUACAGUUAACAAAGUAAGCUUUUUGGUCAAAAUUUUUGGUAUGUGGAACAAUUACGUUGUAAGAUCCAUUUACAAAAACAUUCUAAUUACUUUCUUAUCUAUAUUACGUUUUGUACAAUGUGUAUGACUUCAAAAACAAUAUGUAUAUAUUUAAUGUUCUGAAUAAAAUUUGCGUCAGAAAUAUAAUAAGGGUUUGUGUGCCAUGAAGACUAGUCUCAUGGUCAGAUCCUUACAGAAGAACAUAUACCUAAUAACAACCUUGACAGGGUUUAUAUGUAAAGUCUAGUUACCAAGCUAAACAUCAGUUGAUCAAAUUCAAGUUAUGUGUCAUACGAUCUAUCUAUUAUUUGCACUGGGAUCUCGGAGAUUAUUUUUUGCGUGGCGUAAUAUUUUGUGAAAUUCUUUUAAUACGUUGGGUCACAGGGUUGGCUAAAUCCGCGCUUGCUAUCAGGAUGUAAAAUACUGAUAGAAGCUGUUGGCUAUUAUAAAUAUCUGAUCUAAAAAAGAAAGGAUAUUUGUAGUAAUGACGAACAAGAAUGCAAGGGUACAAGAGUACAAGAAUACAGUGAGUGAUAACAUGAAGGAAGUAAAACCACUUUGAGCAAAUGAGAGCAACAAUUAUCAGAAAUCAAACACAAAAUAAAAAAUAUCAUGUUCAGCGAAGAGUAGGUGUUCGAGAUAAGCGGGUUGAAAAUUUGAGAAUUACGAUAUUUAGUACAGUGCUAUCAUCCCAUGUUUUGAUGAUUUUUCAAUAUCUCGAACAGUUUACAUUUAGUCUAACCUCGUUUCCAAGGCAUUUUGCCUUUUUUAUUAAUUUAAGUUACCCCAGCCUUUCAUGUACAUUUUUGACAUUUAGGGUAAAAAAUGGGAAUCCUUCCGCUCCCUUUCCCAAAAAAAUUAAAAUAAACAAUAAAUAAUCAACAACCCAUGUAAAUACUGCAACAAAAUCAAAAAAUGUGAAAAAGCUACGUAAAGUUUUAACAUAAUGUCAAAAACCUCUGUCAAAUAAGAAUUAUAAAAAAAACACAAGUUUUUUUGGUGUUGUGUACUCUCUCCAAAAAAUUGAAACUUUUCUUAAAUAAGACAAAAUGUCAUAAACAAAAACAUUUUAGUCAGAACAUCUAGAACAACAA